ACGACGCCGGACCGUCUUUGGCUCCGAACAAACCCCACCGCGGCGCAACACGCAUAGAGCCUCACGAAAGUCACGACGCCCACGACGCCCACGAUACUCUGCGCAUACGAGACGCAUCCGCCGCGAACGAACAGUCGAGCGACACCCAAGACUUCCUCCCCACACACAGCAGCAACAGCCGCCCACCAUGUCUCUCACAAAUUGCCGGUUCUACGAGGAGAAGUACCCGGAGGUGGAGAGCUUUGUCAUGGUCAACGUCAAGCAGAUUGCCGAGAUGGGCGCAUACGUCAAGCUGCUCGAGUACGACAACAUCGACGGCAUGAUCCUGCUCUCGGAGCUGUCGCGCAGACGUAUCCGAUCGAUCCAGAAGCUGAUUCGCGUGGGCCGCAAUGAGGUCGUCGUUGUGCUCCGAGUCGACAAGGACAAGGGCUACAUCGACCUGUCGAAGCGCCGCGUGUCGCCCGAGGACAUUGUCAAGUGCGAGGAGCGCUACAACAAGUCGAAGAUGGUGCACAGCAUCAUGCGCCACGUGGCGGAGAAGACGCAGACGCCCAUCGAGGAACUGUACCAGAGCAUCGGCUGGCCGCUGAACAAGAAAUACGGCCACUCGAUUGACGCCUUCAAGCUCAGCAUCACGAACCCCGAGGUCUGGAACGACGUGACGUUCCCUAACGACGUGGUCAAGGACGAGCUGCAAAGCUACAUUGGCAAGCGCCUGACGCCCCAGCCGACCAAGGUGCGCUCCGACAUCGAGGUGACGUGCUUUGGCUACGAGGGCAUCGACGCCGUCAAGGAGGCCCUGCGCACCGCCGAGGCCAAGAACACGCCCGACAACCAGGUCAAGGUCAAGCUGGUGUCGCCACCGCUCUACGUCCUGACCUCGCAGUGCCUCGACAAGACGGUCGGCAUCUCGACGCUGGAGCAGGCCAUCGAGGACAUCAAGGCGAGCAUCACAAAAGCGGGCGGCGACUGCCAGGUCAAGAUGGCGCCCCGCGCCGUCACGGAGAACGACGACGCCGAGCUGGCGGCGCUCAUGGAGAAGCGCGAGCGCGAGAACCAGCAGGUCAGCGGCGACGAGGACGAGAGCUCGAGCGACGAGGGCGAGGUGGGCGCGGCGGCGGCGGCGGCGGCGGCAGCCGAUGCCUAGACGAUGCAUGUUGACGAGACGAUUACGAUGGGACAUGGUCAAAAGCGGA